AUGGCCACGUCAAAGGCGAGAGAGAGCAGCGACGAGUCGGACGGCGGGCGCUCGAGCGUCUCGGGCUCUGGGAGUUCGCGCUCGGGCUCGCAGUCCAGUAGCGGCUCCGAGUCCUCGCGGAGCGGCAGCGGCUCCGACUCGGCGAGCGGUUCGGGCUCGAGCUCGGGCUCGGGCUCCGAUAGUGGCUCGGGCUCCGGUAGCGGUUCGGGCUCGAGCUCGGGCUCUGGUGGGUCGGCGUCGGUGUCGGAGUCGUCUGCAUCGAAGAAGCGGCGGCCGAAGAAGCGACGCGCGUUGACGCCCAAGAAGGCCAAAGCCGCUACUGCUGCUGCUGCUGCGUCGACGAAGAACAAGAGCCGGAGCCGCACUGGCAGUAGCAGCAGCAGCAGUCGAGGACCGAAGCAGCAGCAGCAGGUGCAGCAACAGGUCAAGAUUGAAGUGGAUGCAGAGGCCGAUGACGAGCGGGACGCGGGGGUGCCGCGCCGUCGGGGCACGCUCCGGAUCAAAGACGAAGACAUGGACGAGGACGACGACGUGGACGUGACUGGUCUGACGGAAGUCGAGAAGGAGAAGCGACUGCUGGAGAAGUACGAGGCCAAGGAGCAGCGCAACAAGGAGCGGGAGCUGAAGAAGCGACUGGCCGCGUCUCAGGGCAAGGCCGAAGAUGGCUUUUCUGAGGAAGAAGAGGGACAGGAAGAGGAGGAAGAGCUGCCGUCGACGCGUCGGGGAGGACGCAGCAGAGAGAGCGACCGACGAAAAGAGGCGUUGCACAACUUGAAGGCCAACAAGUCCAGCGACAAGAGUCGUUCGAUCUUGAGCAAUCGAUUUGGAGGCGACGGAAGUUCCGACGAGGAAGGAGAGAGCAGAAGCGGACGGGAUCUGGCUGAAAAGAGGCGGCGCCGCCGAGAGUUGCAACGCGGGGGCACUGGACGACGCCGGAGUCACGCAGACGAUGAGGAAGACUACAGCGAUGACGAGAGCGAUGGACGUAAGGGGAAAAAGUCGAAGAUCGUGGACUCGAUGGCGGCGGUCAAAACAGCAGAUGAGGAUGACGUUGCGGCGUCGAUUCGCCCGGAGGAGAAUGUGCCGGUCAACUGGAAUCAAGCCAAUUUCUACUUGCUCAAGAGACGCGUGUUUUUUGAAAAGAACUUUUUCGAGCCAUUUUUCCCACAACUUGUGCGAGGUGUGUACGUCCGCGUGCCAAUUGAGAUGGUGGAUGGCGAGAUGGUAUACCGUUUUUGCGAAGUCGUAAACGUGUGCAAGCUGGCGCGUAGCUACAACUUCUGCGGCGAGUCAACGCAUAUGGGCAUUAUUUGCGCAUUUGGGAAGAGCAGGCGGGAGUGGAAAUUGAGCGGUGUUUCAGGGCACUCGCUGCGCGAGCGUGAGUUUUUGCUGUGGCGAGCAGCUAUAAACAAAGACCGACUGCACUUUCCUACACACGGUGAAGUGAAGCGCGUGUACUCGAAGAAGGAGAAAAUGAUUACUCAGCACAGCUACACCGAAGCACAGGUGGAUGAAAUGGUGCGGCGUAAACAAGCCGUGGGCCUGUCAAGUGUGUCGCUGGGUGUGCAGCGAGUGCGCCUGGAGCGCGACCUGCGUGCUGCUCAGGAUAUGAAAAACUUUGAAAAGGCUGUUGUGCUUGAAGAACGGCUGCAGCGGUUGUUGGCCAGGAACGAGGAGCGUAAGAAGCACAACUCCGACGACGUUCUUCGCAUCAAUGAAAUCAAUCGACGCAACCGUGAGGCCAAUAUCCAGCAAGAUCUGCACGCCCAGGAGCUCAAUGAUGCCAUGAACAAAAAAAUGACGAGCGCCGAGCGUCUGCAGUUCGUGCGUGCCAAUCAAAUGACUAUGUUCAUGUCCCGUGAUAAGCUGGAGAAAAACUUGGCGGAGGGCAAGCUGAUCAAGCUUGCUGACGGUCGGGUCAUGACCUCGAACAAGCUGCACGCGGUCGAGGCGUUGCCCGAUGAUCUGCUAGACAAGGUCAAGGGAGCUGGCGAGAAGCGACAGAACGGGGACGAUUUAGAGUUCGAUAUCGAUCGUCUUUUGGCGAAACAGCGAGAGCGCAAGCAAAAGGAUGCUGAGCGUUUGGCGGCGACGCAGAAGGAACAUGCGAGCCAAGUCGAGUUCGUGGGCGUCGCUCCCACGAAUGUCCAAGAAAGAGCGAACGCGACCGUUCGUAUCAAGGACGAUGAUGGGUCGUGGAUGACGCUUCGUUCGCCUGCCGAGAUCAUGAAAGCGAAGCAGAAAAAGACUGCAGUCUCGGACAAGGUGAAGGCCUCGCGCAAGGGUAUUACAGUCAAGGAGUACUUUGAUCGAGUCAAGAAAAGGCGCGUGGCUCAGUAA